AGGAACUCAGGGGUUUCACUUCCGGGAGGAGGGGCGGCCUCGGCGUUCCGGGCGGAUUGGAAUUUGUCGGAGUCUGUGUCGCUAGUGGCAGCUGGCGAGGGCGUUUGGCCGGCGCUCCGCGGCGACGAAGGGGUCCUCCCUGGCCAGCCUGGCGCCGCAAUGGUGUUCUACUUCACGUCCAACGUUCUUCCUUCUGCUUACACUAUUUACAUGGGAAAAGAUAAAUAUGAAAAUGAAGACCUAAUAAAAUAUGGCUGGCCAGAAGAUAUUUGGUUUCAUGUGGACAAGCUCUCCUCUGCGCAUGUCUAUCUCCGGUUACAUAAGGGGCAGACGAUGGAUGACAUUCCAAAGGAGGUCUUGGUCGAUUGCGCACACCUGGUGAAGGCCAACAGCAUUCAAGGCUGCAAGAUGAACAAUGUCAACGUGGUGUAUACCCCAUGGACCAACCUCAAGAAGACGGCAGACAUGGACGUGGGGCAGAUCGGGUUCCACAGGCAAAAGGACGUGAAGAUGUUGACAGUGGAGAAGGUGAAUGAGAUCUUGAAUCGGCUAGAGAAGACCAAGGUGGAGCGAUUCCCAGACCUGGCUGCAGAGAAGGAAUCCCGUGACCGGGAGGAGAGGAACGAGAAGAAGGCCCAGAUCCAGGAGAUGAAGCGGAGAGAGAAGGACGAGAUGAAGAAGAAGAAAGAGAUGGAGGAGCUAAGGAGUUACUCGUCCUUAAUGAAGGCAGAAAACAUGUCCUCCAACCAGGACGGCAACGACUCGGAUGACUUCAUGUAAGCCGGAGGGCCCUCCUUUCAGAAGAGGAAGGGGGCCUGGACUCGGUGGCUCUCUGCUGUGGGGGCCAGAAACAAGCAAGUGAACUGGAGGGUGGCUGCCCUGGGAGGAGCCGGGGAGAGCGUCCUGCCGGGUGCUCUGGGCCUGCCAGCUUGGAUGCAUCCUGCGUUUCCAGGGGAGGGGGUGGAGGUGGCGGCGGCGGCAGCUGCUUUUCAAAGCGCUGGAGCCGUAGAAGGGCUGCUCCUGCCUUUGGCCUCCCCUGGGAAGAGACCAACUUGGAACGCUUUGCCAUCGCCCUUCGACUCGGUCGCUGACCUGAGGACGUCGCUCUCGCCUUGCGGUGUUGGGGGAUUUUUUUUUUUUUUGGCGCUGAUUGAGUGCACCUGUGUUCAGCACUUGGUUUCCCCCUCUAACCUCCGUCGGGAUUUGAGGUUUGCACAGCUGCAUUUCCAUGCUGUAAAAUGCUUGUCUGGGAACCGAGAGCUUUGCUCACUCAGCAGCCCAUGUCGCCAGUGGGCAUCUGCCUCCUGAUUAAAGCCAAGAAGUGUGUGCUUGGA